CUCCACAAAGCUGAAAGGUCAGCUUUCCAGACCGCCAUUUUGAUUUAUCGGAUGAUCACGGGCAGAUCCCUUUGUUUCCAGUUUGGUCGUUUUUAAGACAAUUCUACACAUUAGCAGUUACUCAGGACCAUAAACGGGUAGAAAUGGGCGAGAGAAGCGGUGAGGUCGCUAUGGACGAUCGGUCAACUGUACACCAUGGGGACAAGGCAAGCAAAAGCGAGAAAUUAGACACGGAAAGGCAGCAGAGCAAGAAAUGGGGCAUUCCACGCGAGGAACCGUGCGGAGUAGAAUCUGACCAUCCUCCUGCACAGGUCCAUACAGAGCAAGCGGGAUUUCUUGCGUUGAAACGUACUGUGGACAGACGCUUCGAGUGUACGGAAUGUGACUAUAGGCCAGCCAAAAAGGUUAAACUAUCGAGACACACAAGAAAACAUACUGGCGAGAAACCUUAUAAGUGCGACAUUUGCGACUAUUCUGCUGCAAAGAAAGACCAUUUAGAGUCACACAUGGACAAGCACACCAGCGAAAAACGCUUCAUGUGUGUGGAGUGCGGAUACAGAACUGCUCACAAGUCUCACCUAACCGCACAUAUGAGAACACAUACAGGCGAGAAACCUUACAAGUGUGACCAGUGCGACUAUUCCGCUACACAUAAAUCUCAAUUGGAUAGACACAUGGCCAAGCACACCGGCGAAAAACCCUUCCUGUGUGGAGAGUGCGGAUACAGGACGGCUGACAGGUCUUCCUUAACCGUACAUAUGAGAAAACAUACAGGCGUGAAACCUUAUAAAUGUGACCAAUGUGACUAUUCCACUGCUCAGAGAGGAAACUUAGACCGACAUAUGGCUAAACACACCGGCGAAAAACGCUACAUCUGCGGAGAGUGUGGAUAUAGGUCGGCUGACAGGUCUGCGUUAAAAUCACAUAUGGGUAAACAUACAGGUGUGAAACCCUAUACAUGUGACUAUUGCGACUAUUCUGCUGCACGGAAAUUUCAUUUGGAUCGACACAUGGCUAAACACACCGGCGAAAAGCCCUUCAUGUGUGGAAAGUGCGGAUAUAGGGCUGCUGACAUGUCUUACUUAACCGUACAUAUGAGAACACAUACAGGCGAGAAACCCUAUAAAUGUGACCAAUGCGACUAUUCUGCUACAAGGAAAGAUUACUUAGAGAAGCACUUGAUCAAACACACAUCUUAGGGAUAUAGUUGACGGUUACUGAUACAGGGCGGUUGACAUAGUUGAUCUAUCCAG